AUCAACAUGAAAUUCUUAGUUGUCUUAGCUUUAGCCGUGGCAGUUGCCAGCGCCUCUCCGGUCUACGAAAAGACCGCUUUCAUCGAGGACUUGCCUGCAUCUCCCGUUUUGGAUGGACGCAUCACCAAUGGGGAUAAUGCCUGGGAUGGCUUGCUGCCUUACCAAGCUGGUCUGCUUUUGCAGAAAAGUUUCGGCACGUACUGGUGCGGUGGAUCUUUGAUUGGUACCAACUGGGUGCUGACUGCCGCUCAUUGUACUGAUCAAGCUGAGGCAAUCACUGUAUAUUUGGGCAGUGUGGUGCGUUCCAAUGGAAACCAAUAUGCCACUACCAUUCACUCCGCAGAUAUCCACCAGCACCCUAAUUACAACUCACAAACUCUUAAUAACGAUGUCACCCUUCUUUGGAUCCACUCUGUCUCCACUUCGGGCAACAUUCAACCCAUUAGGUUGCCAUCCUUCAACCAAUACAGCAACUAUGAAGGACAAUGGGCUACCGCAUCCGGAUGGGGCACCACCUCGGGCAACAGCCAAGAUCAUUUGCAGUAUGUCAGUGUCCAGAUUAUCUCUAACAGUGAAUGCGCUAGCGUCUAUGGCUCGAGCACUGUUACCGACAACACCAUUUGCAUUGCCACUCCCAAUGGCCGAUCAACUUGCAGUGGUGACUCCGGUGGUCCAUUGGCUGUUGACAACAACCAAGUGUUGGUUGGUGUAACCUCAUUCGUUGCUGCUAACGGUUGCCAGGCUGGUCUUCCAGCUGGUUUCCAACGUGUUAGCCAACACUUGGACUGGAUUCGAGGUGUCACUGGCAUCGCUUACUACUAAAUUUUUGUCUGAAAAAUAAUAAAGUUAAAUGA